UUUAAAGGGCCGUACACACCGGGACGAAUAUCGGCGCGCGUUAUUCGCCAGCGUUUUCCAACACGUUUUUUGUGUUCACACCCAAGCGAUUUUCGCUGACGAUGAGCCGAGUGAACAUGCAAAUUCAUUCCCUGACAUUAGAUGGCGCUUAAUGUAAAACAGAAAUACCCCUGUACACAAGGUGGCGCUGCGCAACUUUACGCUUCUUAAACUCGCUUUUCACUCAGAAGAAGAGUGCAAGUAUUUACGCGCUUGUCAGAAUCAUACAAAGAAAACAUGAAUAUUUCAAGCACCAGUAACUCUAGCUCCAGUUCCAGCGAUGAAGAAAUUAUUGUUCUGUUGAAUGAGGAAAGACGCCGGAAAAGACGCCGAUUUUGGGUACAUCCCAUAGUUACGAGAAGAGAAGAACAUGGGGAGUUUUAUCGACUGGUACAAGAGCUGAAAAUGUAUCAUGAGCGUUUUCGGGGGUAUUUUAGAAUGUCCGUCAGUGAGUUCGAAAAUUUACUUCAACAACUGGCUCCCUUGCUGACGAAAGAACAGACACACUACCGUAAACCAAUCGACCCAGAACAGCGUUUGGCCGUGUGUUUACGUUUUCUAAGCACUGGGGACUCGUACCGCUCUAUUGCGUUCAGCUUUCGACUUGGUGUGUCAACUGUGGCUUCGAUAGUGAGUGAAACCUGUGAUGCAUUGUGGCACUGCCUCAGAGAUGAACAUUUGCCAGUGCCUACUGAAGAGAUGUGGAGGAGUACAGCCAGGAGAUUCCAUGAAAGAUGGAAUUUCCCUAACUGCUUGGGAGCCAUGGAUGGGAAACACAUAUUCAUCCAGGCCCCUGCAAACUCUGGUUCUCUAUACUUUAAUUAUAAAGGUACAUUCUCCGUUGUAUUGCUGGCCUUAGUUGAUGCAGAUUACCGCUUCCUGGUGGUUGAUGUGGGGAGCUAUGGCAGCAACAGUGAUGGAGGAAUCUUUGCCAAUUCUGUACUGGGAAAGGCACUCAGAAAUGGAACUCUGAAUGUUCCCCCACCAAGUGAACUUCCAGGUGCUCCUGAGCUGGGAAAAGUUAACCAUGUCAUUGUGGCGGAUGAAGCUUUUCCGCUGAAACCAUAUCUCCUCCGGCCAUACCCUGGACGCCGCCUCCCCACAGACAAGAGAAUUUUCAAUUAUCGUUUGUCUCGGGCACGGCGCAUCUCUGAAAAUGUAUUUGGCAUCCUCAGUCAACGCUUCCGGGUUUUCCAAAGAACUUUACAGGUUCAACCAAGUGUUGUUGACAAAGUUGUCAAAGCUGCUUGUGCGUUGUGCAAUUAUUUGCGCCCGAACGGAAAUGACCAGAAUCGUGCCACAGAGGAUGACCAUGAUUGUGAGCAACCACUACAAGGCUUUGAACAUUGUAGGGGGCAGCGGGCAUCUGUGGAGGCCCAAAAUGUCCGAGAACUGUACAAAGAGUACUUCAACUCACCAGCAGGAGAAGUUGCUUGGCAGUAUGACCAUGUGAACCAUGCUCUGGGGAACAGAUAAUAUCAACCUAUAAAUUUGAGCCAUUUUAAUUACAUGUUCCAUUGAGAAAACUGCUAGUGUAUGUGUAUAUAUACAAUUUCUGUGAACUUGAAUACACUAUCAAAUCUAUUGCAUCUGAUUCUUCAUUAAUUAAUAUGGCAGCACUCACCACAGCAAAUUAAAUAUUUUUGAUAUAACAUGUUCUAUCAAAGUUAAAGCAUAGUUUUUUUUUGCAAAAAGUAAAGUAUUUGGUCACUUCAACAUAUACUUAUUUACAACUAAAUGUAAGUUGUAUUUUUGAAAAUGUGUAUUUUUAAUAAACAUUUUUACUAGCAUUUUCUUUAAAAUGUUCUCAUUCCCUGCACAAUGCUGUGCCCAAAAUGGUUAUGUUCCUGUAGAUUGAUAAC